AUGCCUUCAGCCAAAGAGAACCAAAUCACGCUAGUCAAAGAAGCCAUGCUAGCAGAGGAGUCCUGGGACAUGGAUCGCAUCCUGUCGCUGCGGACAUCAGACUCAACACAUCAACUUCUGCCACCGUCCAUGGGCUGGCCUCGACUGAACAAUUACGAGUUCAAGGAGAAGUUCAGCCCACUCGCGCCUGUGUUCAAGGGCUGUUUUAGGCUGGAGCCAUUGAAUACCGUGCACGACUUCGAGAACCACAAGGCUGUUGUGUGGUGUAUGAACACGGCUGAUACUGCUACGCAUUGUGGACGCUUCGAAAUUGAGACAAUCUGGCAGCUGCAGUUGACCGACGAUGGAACGAAGAUCAAAGCUAUCACGGAGUUCGUUGAUUCUGCGUACCUGCUUAGCUGGCUUGGGAAACUUGAAGCUGGAGAUGUCGCAGUCCCGUGA